CGAUAUGCUGUCAUAAAUGCUCACGCAGUAUGGUACACUGACAUCUGUCAUCAGACGCUAUCUGAAAACAAGGUGGCGACCUUCUGUGCGGAGUGGGCGGAUAUAAACAUUCCAGUUGUCUGAGGCCUAGGGUCGACAAUAUCUCCCAAUAAUAGAUCUCCGUAACUUGCUUCCAGUGAGUGUCUGAGUCAUUGUAUGCGCGCAAGUUUAAUAAAUUUAAUAGAGUAAAAUGGCUUGGCGUUUUAAGGCUUCCAAAUAUAAAAAUGCAGCGCCCAUAGUACCGAAACCGGAGGCAUGCAUACGUGACAUAUUUGUGGGUUCAUAUCAAACGUAUGGGAAUAAUAUUACUGCUUCCGCCACUUUUAUGGCAUUUAACGUCGAUCACAAUGGUUCAAGUCUUGCUGUUCUUCCGAUUGAUGAUUGUGGACGUAAGAGCAAGACCAUGCCCUUGCUCCAUGCACAUAGUGACACUGUUACAGACAUGGACUUUUCACCAUUCCAUGACAGUAUUUUAGCAACAGGAUCGCAAGACUGCCUUGUGAAAAUAUGGCAGAUUCCAGAAAAUGGGCUGGAAGAGAAUCUCACAAACUCGGAGUGCACGUUUUCACACAAACAGCGCCGUGUGGAAACAGUCUGUUUUCAUCCAGUAGCAGAUUGUCUCUUGACAAGCACAUCAUUCACCACUCUUACCUUAUGGGAUAUCCUUGCAGAGAGAGAACUGUUCUCAAAUGCAGACCAUUGUGAUGUAAUCCAGUCUGUAAGUUGGAAAAAAGAUGGAAUACUCUUAGCUACAUCCUGCAAGGACAAACAGGUGCGGGUUGUCGACCCACGGGCUUCUGUACCCAUCAGUCAGUCAGCCAACAGCCAUCAGAGCAUCAAAGACUCUAGAAUUGUUUGGUUAGGGGAUUCUAAUAGAAUACUUACCACUGGCUUUGAUUCGGGCCGACAAAGAGAAGUUUACAUAAGAGACUUAAGAAAUUUUGAAGAAAUUGAAAAAAGUUUGGUUCUGGACAGUUCAACAGGGGUCCUGAUACCUCUGUACGAUCCUGAUACUGGGAUGUUAUUCUUAGCUGGGAAAGGAGACACAACAAUUGCUUAUAUGGAGGUGACAGACAAGGAGCCAUAUCUGGUUGAAGGCAUUAGGCACAAUGGUGAUCAGACAAAGGGAGCGUGCCUUGUUCCCAAGCGAGCCCUUGCUGUCAUGCAGGCUGAAGUGAACCGUGUACUUCAGCUGACGUCGUCAUCUGUCAUACCAAUUAUGUACCAGGUGCCUCGCAAGUCAUAUAGAGAUUUUCAUGGGGACCUCUUCCCAGAGACUGUGGGAAAUGUUGCACCAAUUUCUGCGAGUCAGUGGAGUAGCGGGAUCAAUGCUGAAGUGGCACGUGUUAGCCUUGAUCCAGCAAAGAGGCACCUAGUAGAAACUGGUUCACAGGUGAACAGCAGUACCCUUUCUGAAAUGCGAAAACACCUUCAUCUAAAGCAGUAUGUGACAAGCUCACCACAGCUACAGCAGCAGAACAAGAAACAACAACUGAGUUAUAGAUCAAAUGCAACAAAGGAAGAAGAGACAAAGAGCACACAGCAGAAUGGAGAGACGGCUCAUGACCAUCAGAAUGGAACAGUGACAGUUGUCCGCAGCACGGCUGCAAUUCCUGGACCUGUCCCACCAAAGCCACUGCCAAGAUCAUCACGUCAGAGCUCAUUGACAGAAGCUGAUGAACCAAUAGUUGCAGCAGUACCUGCCCCGAGGCCAGUUGCAAGGCCUCGAAUGGGUACCACUUGCCCCUCCAGUGUAUCAAGUCAGGCUGCUGUGCCAUCCCAGCAGCCUCAAGCAUCUCAAGAAUCUGUACAGCCACAGAUUUCUCCAGUUGCCACUGUUCCUCCUCCAGCUAGUGUCGUCACUCCGGUGAACCCCCUGAUGCUCAGCUCAGGGGGCUACAAGCCUCGGCUUGGACCUAAACCAUUUACACCACCUAAAUUAAACUUUGGCGUGGGAAGUGGAGAUGCAGAACUAAAAAUAACAACAGAUUUCUCAUUUGAUAAAGUAUUUUCUGUCCCAUCUGUCCCCGCUGCGGAGGUCAAUGGAGCUGUGGCAACAAGGGAAGAAAACAGCAAUGAUGUGCAUACAGACGACAGUGCGCCAGAAACAUAUACAGAAACAUUCCCUGUAGAUUGCCAAGAAAGUGAUAAAAAUGAAGUAUGUGCUGUGGUUGGAGAUCAAGACAUAAGUCCCACCACAGAAGAUGAACUUCCAUCUUCACCAAACAGUAAAGCAAAAACACCAAGCACAGCAGAGAGAAGAAAGGUUUUUGAGAAAAGGAUAAGUUCAAUGACUACUGAACAAGAUUCUGGAUCUGGGACUGCGGAAACUCUGCAAUCACCAAAGGGCGAUGAGUGCAUUGAAGAUAAACUUGAAGAUUUUGAGAGGGCUUCAUUGCAACGAACAAGUAUUGCAGAACGUCGGCGACUGUAUGAAAACCGUUCUGUUUCUGUUCAAGAGACAGGUAUUGCAGAUAAGCGCAGUCCCACAACUCUUAGUCCUACACCUCUGAGGCGCCGUGAUUCACUUAAAUCACAAAAACCUAUUUUAGAAGAGGAUAAACCUCAAAGAAAAUUGACAGAGCAGCCAACAAGUAAAACACCCCCAAUGGAAAGGAAACAGGAGCCUGUAACAACACCAACACCGAAGAGAACAUCGACUGUUUUUGGCCGUGUAUCAAAAUUCCGGCAUUUGAAAGGCACCCCUUUGCACAAGUCAACACAUAUUGAGAACAUACGCAAUGUCAGCAGACAGAUUUCUGGUGAAUGUGAUGGAUUUCAUGCAAACUCUGAACGUGUUGCUGUACCACUCAGUGGACCUGGUGGCAAGAUAGCGGUGUUUGAAAUAAGCAGAACCGGCAAGCUGCCAGAUGGUGUAAUACCUACACUUGUGCAGGGAACAAAUGUAAUGGACUUUGCUUGGGAUCCAUUUGAUUCCAGCAGAUUGGCAGUUGCAUGUGAUGAUGGAACCAUAAGAUUGUGGUUGGUACCUGAAGGAGGCCUCCCAGAGCCAACGAAUACUCCUGAUCAGAUAUUAGCUGGUCAUUCAGAGAAGAUAUACUUCAUUAAGUUCCAUCCUUUGGCAAAAGAUAUUCUGGCUUCUGGCUCUUAUGACAUGACAAUUCGGAUCUGGGAUCUAGCAACACAGUGUGAAAAGAUUGUACUUCUUGGACACACGGACCAGAUGUUCUGCUUUGCGUGGAGUCCUUGUGGAGCAUACUGUGCAACAGCUUGCAAGGAUGGCAAGCUAAGAGUGUAUGAACCCAGAGUGGAUGUCCAACCCAUCCGAGAAGGAAGGGGUCCAGUAGGUUCCAGAGGAGCAAGAAUUGUUUGGGCUCUGGAUGGCCAGUUCCUUGUUGUUACAGGAUUUGACAAGGUUUCUGAAAGACAGAUACAGAUUUUUAAGGCAGACAGUCUGAAUUCGCCUCUGAAUACAGUUGGUUUGGAUGUUUCUCCAGCUAUACUCAUUCCAUUUUAUGAUGAAGAUAGUUCUACUCUUUUUGUUACGGGGAAGGGUGAUUCUACAAUAUAUGCAUUUGAGGUAACAGAAGAGGCACCAUACUUGUGUCCUCUUAGUCACCAUCGCUGUAACUCGUUGCAUCAGGGCCUCUCAUUCCUACCUAAGAAUGUAUGUGAUGUGAGCAGUGUUGAGUUUGCUCGAGCUAUGAGGCUCACAAAUAACACCAUAGAGCCUCUGUCCUUCACUGUUCCAAGGCUGAAGAGUGAAUUAUUUCAAGAUGACCUCUUUCCUCCAACAAAAGUAACAUGGAAACCAACCAUGACCAGCACUGAAUGGUUGGGAGGAUUCAACAAAACUCCAUCUCGGUUAAGUCUCAAGCCACAAGGCAUGGAAAGCUUGUCAGAAACACAAGGUUGUCAAGACAAACAAAAUACUUCAUCUCAAGGAAAGGCAAUAUCUAGUCUUGUCCAGCAGCCAUUCAACAGGUUGGCAUGGAAUGCUGAGAUGUCGGAUGCUACCAAAGAAACACAAGAGCAGAUACAACGAGCUGUGAGCAGCCGCAUGGAGGUUAACUUGAAGCUGGAACAAGAUGACAUGGAAGGAGUGGAUGACCGUGAAUGGAUCUGCAGUUCUGUCAUUUCAAACUGUCUCCAGUAAAAUUGUGUAUUUGGUUUAAGUAGAGAGUACUUCUACAGAAUGAAGGAUUGAAAUUGUUAGAAUUGUCUUUCAUCAACAGUAUUUGCCCUUUAGAUGCCUUAUUGAUGCUAUUUUGGGUGAAAGAUCUUUCUGUGAUUUAUUUCUGUAUUGGUGAAUUUGUGUUAUUGGUUGGCAAAACUGACUGAUGAACAUAUGUUGGAUUUUUGCACUAUUAAAAAUUUUAAUUCAAAAUUUGAACAGAAUUGUCUACUGCAGGUGCUUAAGACAUUCCAUUAAGGUGCCAAAAUCGGUUUAUAAAAGUCUGAAUAAUUUCAGUAUUAUUAAACUUUCUUUUUGUUUAAUGAAAAUUGCUCAACAAUUAAUAAGUUAUAGUAUCACUAUAUAUUUAAGAGCAUUUUUUGUGGUUUAGUCUUUGUAUGAUGUAACUGGACAGCAGUUACUUGUGGUGGGGAAGUUUAUCUUGAUGAAUGAAAGAUUGGUAUGGUCAAAUAUUACUGCCCAGUAGCUAAUGACUUUCAGUGAAGUUUACAGCAGAACAUUUUAAAUGGUAGAUGUAUCAAGCAGUUACUGAGAUUACAGCUUUAUUUACAUACAUUUCAUUUAAUGUUUGUCAGUUUCAUACUCUCAUCAUUUAGUUACUGUAUAACAUACAUUACUCCAAAUCUCAUAAAUAUUUAUUAUAAAAUAUAUUUAGAGUUAAUUUCUGAAUUUAAAAAAUUAAAGCUUAUUUUGUGUGACUGUUGUAAUGUGAGGUUGGAGUUGUAAGUAGGUUGUGCAUGUGGUAUAGUGAGAGUUUUAUAGGAGAUUUACAAAUGCUGAUAAAUGAUUCAGUAACUUGCUCAUUAUCUAACAUGUGUGAAAGUUUAGCCCAUGACACUAUAGGGUUAAUGAGAGUCACAAAUGAAUCAAAGUGGUUGUCAAACAGCUUGUACAGAUAUUAUUUGUAGUAAUAUGUAGGCUUUAUGGCUAUAUUUUUUUCUUUUUUGUACACACCACAAUAAAUAAAUGCAGUAUUUUUCUUCUGCACCAUCCCAGUUUUUUGGUCAUUGACAGUUCCCAUAUCAUGUAUUUAUAAGUAUUUCUUUAAACAGAAAAAGGUAUUAUAAGUGAAAUAUUUUUUAAGACACAUGAAACAGCAGUAAGACAAGUGACAGCAAAAAUUUCCAUUGUAAUGUCUAAUAAUGUGUAACAGUGAGUCAAGAAACAUCAUGGAAAAAAGAAAAAGUUCAAUAAUAACUUUUAAGUCAA